AUGUUGGAUGUGCUGCCAGUUAUUCUCAGUCUGCAUCUGAAAUCUUUCGAUGUCAAGCCAGACGAUUGUACGAAAAUCAUCAAGUCGUUGGAAUUCCCUGUCGACCUAGAAGUCGAAUCGAGGUUGUUAUCUUCGAAGUCACAAACGCCCGAUGGAAGGAAGUAUAUGUUGUUUGCCGUGGUCAACCACGUGGGCGAUAAGGCAACUAGGGGCCACUAUUUUACCGAUGCCUUCCAAAUGGAACAUAUAGCAGGACACACAAGCCUCAUUUACUCUUCUACAUGCGGAGGAAGACUAUCGGGUGGAAUAAUUGACUUCUAG